AGUCACUCAAAAUGACAACGUGAAGAUCUCAGACUUUGGAACAUCUAAAGAGCUCAGUGACAAGAGUACGAAGAUGUCAUUUGCGGGUACGGUGGCCUGGAUGGCUCCGGAAGUGAUCCGGAAUGAGCCGGUGUCAGAGAAAGUAGACAUCUGGUCGUUCGGGGUGGUGAUGUGGGAGCUGCUGACCGGUGAGAUCCCCUAUAAGGACGUGGACUCGUCUGCUAUUAUUUGGGGUGUGGGCAGUAACAGCCUCCAUCUGCCUGUGCCGUCCACCUGUCCUGACGGCUUCAAGAUCCUCAUGAAACAAACCUGGCAAGGUAAACCCAGAAACCGGCCAUCCUUCAGGCAGAUCCUUCUCCAUCUGGAUAUCGCCUCGGCUGAUGUGCUCGGGACGCCACAGGAGACCUACUUCAAAUCUCAGGCGGAGUGGAGAGAGGAAGUGAAGAAGCAUUUCGAGAAGAUCAAAAGCGAAGGCACCUGCAUCCACCGACUGGACGAGGAGCUGAUUCGCCGCAGAAGAGACGAACUCAGACACGCUCUGGAUAUCCGAGAGCAUUACGAGAGGAAACUGGAGCGAGCUAACAACCUGUACAUGGAGCUCAGCGCUAUCAUGCUGCAGCUGGAGGUGCGAGAGAAAGAGCUGCUCAAGAGGGAGCAGGCUGUGGAGAAGAAGCAUCCCGGCACGUACAAACGCCACCUGGUUCGGCCCAUUGUGCGGCCCCAUGCUGUAGAGAAGCUCAUUAAGAAAAAGAGCAGCAUGAACCAUAAGCCCAGGACACAGCAGCCAAAGAGGCCGGAUCUGCUGCGCUCCGAGGGCAUUCCCAGCGUCGAGCCUCUUCCGGCACCGUCCCCGUUGUCAGGAAGCCCAAAAGUGUCCACCCCGCCUGGGAAAACCCGGUACCGCAGUAAACCCCGCCACCGGAGGGCCAACAGCAAAGGCAGUCACAACGAGUUCCCAGGAGCCCUCAAACCCAACUCGGCCCCGUCGGAGGAACAGCAGCCCCUACAGGACAGGGAGCAAAGCUACCAUCACCAUCAUCCCCCUCGGCCCGAGGGUCCGCUGUUACCGGUGAAGAGCCGCGAAAACGCCGUAGCCACCUGCGCUAACAACCUGCGCUACUUCGGCCCGGCCGCCGCUCUCCGCAGCCCGCAGACCGACCACCUGCAGCGGAGGCUGUCCGGCUCCAGCCCCGACCUCAUUUCCACCGCCGUGGAUGCCGAUUCAUGCCACCGCAGGUCCUCCGUCCCUCCGUCCACGGGCUCCGGUGCCUGCUGCCAGGUGCAUCCGUUCCCCGGCUGCAUGCACUGUCAGGUGACGCCGGCCGCUCCCAGCCACCCCGAGCUCCCGCAUUACUCACUGCUGAGCACGUGCGAAGAAACGCCGCCCGCCGGCAAGACAGCGAUGGAGCCCACGGCCGAGGGAGAAGCAACGGGAGAGCAGCCGGAGCAGAGAUCCAGCGGCCUGCUGCACUCGCUCAGACCCCUGAGAAAAGCGGGAGACGAGUCGUCUGAGGAAGAGGAAGGAGAGGUUGACAGCGAGGUGGAGUUUCCACGCAGACAGCGGCCUCAUCGCUGCAUGAGCAGCUUCCAGUCGUACUCCACCUUCAGCUCGGAGAACCUGUCGGUGUCUGACGGCGAGGAGGGAAACACCAGCGAUCACUCGCACAGCGGCCCGCUGGAGCAGCUCAGCGCCAGUCAGGAGGAGCAUCUGGACGAGCUCCUGUCCCACACGCCUGAGAUCCCCAUCGACAUCUCCACGCAGUCCGACGGCCUGUCCGAUAAAGAGUGCGCCGUCCGCCGGGUCAAGACCCAGAUCUCUCUGGGCAAACUGUGUGCUGAUGAGCACAGCUACGAGAAUCCGCUGCAUUUCAGAGAUUGCGACUGCGACACGUCGGAUGCGGAAUGUUCCGACGCCACCAUCAGGAACAAACAGCCCUGUGCACCUUCAUCCUGGUGAGCGCCAGCCUUCGGAGGAAACACGGCAAUAAUCCACGCCUGACCCGUCUGAUCAGCCCUUCCCAUAAUCCCCCUCUCUCUCUCUGAGCAUCUCAGGCAGAUUCCUCUGAAGUGAUAAUGUAGCUAGAGUAACACGCAUAAUUUAUUUUAUUACGUGCCCGAGGAAACGCAAAACAAAAUCAGGAACUCGAAUAACAACGACAACAGAGCAUAAAUUCAGAGCGUUUGCGCUCAAGUGUUCAAGGCGACUCGAUUUUAACCAGUUAGUUAGUUAGAAGGUGAUUGCGGUCUGCGAGAAUGUGUGUAUAUAUGUCUGUAGGAAGUGGAAUGUGAGCGAAAGUGUUAAGUGCGUAGCUUGAGGAUCCAUUCCAUGAUGGGACCCGCCAGACGUGUGUCUCUGGCCACCUGCUACUUCCUGAGUUUACAGAAACUUUAGUUUGAGCACCAGCAGGAACGAUGUCCUUCCUUGUUUCUUUUGCCCUUUUUGACUUCCAAGACGUGUGGAAAUAUCCCAGCAUGCCUGCUUGGUCGGCAUUUGAUCAGCCAAUCAGACUGCUGCUGCUGCUCACCUCUACGGACGAACAGGAAGUCAAAGAACAACUGCUCUAGCGGAACAACGUCUUUAACGAUCAAAUCAGUGUUUGAAGCAAACCCGAGCAGCUUUUUUCCUCAUCUCAGGACUGUGUUUGAAGAGACGCUGCGGACAUAAGUGUGACAUCAACCACAAAGAGUUUAUUUUCUUCCGUCGUCUUUAUGUUGACGUGAAAAAUGACGAUGUGCACUGCUGGUCAAAAGAUUGAAGUGAUGAAGAUUUUUAAUGUUUUUGAAAAAAAAAAAGGCUCUUUUGCU